AUGAGAAAUUGCACAGAAAUAGAAUUUAUUCUUCUUGGAUUGACAAAUGACCCACAAUGGCAGGUUGUACUUUUCACCUUUCUGCUUGUUACCUACGUGCUAAGUGUAACUGGGAACCUGAUCAUUAUCACUCUCACCCUUUCAGAUCCCCAUCUGCAGACUCCGAUGUAUUUCUUCCUUCGAAACUUCUCACUCCUAGAAAUAUCAUUCACGUCUGUCUGCAUUCCCAGAUUCCUUGUCACUAUAGUGACAGGGAACAGAACCAUUUCCUAUAAUGGUUGUGUGGCUCAGUUAUUUUUUUUCAUCUUCUUAGGGGUGACAGAAUUUUACCUUCUGGCCGCCAUGUCCUAUGACCGCUAUGUGGCCAUCUGCAAACCUCUACAUUACACAACCAUAAUGAGCAGCAGAGUCUGUAUCCUUCUUGUCCUUAGCUCAUGGCUUGCAGGAUUCCUGAUCAUCUUUCCACCAAUAACCCUGCUGCUGCAGUUGGAUUUCUGUGCCUCCAAUAUAAUUGACCAUUUUAUCUGUGACUCUUCUCCAGUUCUGCAGCUUUCUUGCACGAACACUCGCUUUCUAGAACUCAUGGCAUUUUUUUUAGCUGUGGUAACGCUCAUGGUCACCUUAACACUAGUUAUUCUCUCCUACUCAUAUAUCAUCCGGACAAUUCUGAAAAUUCCUUCCAUAAGUCAAAGGAAAAAAGCCUUUUCCACAUGUUCCUCUCACAUGAUAGUUGUCUCCCUCUCUUACGGUAGCUGCAUCUUCAUGUACAUUAAGCCUUCUGCAAGGGAAAGGGUAACUUUAAGCAAAGGAGUAGCUGUGCUCAAUACCUCAGUGGCUCCUCUCUUGAAUCCUUUCAUAUACACACUAAGAAAUCAGCAAGUGAAACAAGCCUUCAAGACCCUGGUCCAGAGAGUGAUCUUUUCUUCAAAUAAAUGA